CAUUUUAUUUACGAAGAAGAGAAGCCUUUGUACAAAAAAUCCAACUACAACAACGAAAUAAAAAUGGCCCCACCACAGAGAAUGCGCGUUGCUAAUGAAAAAGCCAGCAAAUACAUUACAAUGCGUGGCAAUGUACCAAAAUCUUCGAAAGCUAAAGAAGGACAAUACCCUGUUGGACCCUGGCUCUUAGCACUUUUCAUUUUUGUUGUUUGUGGCUCAGCAAUUUUCCAAAUUAUACAAUCCAUCCGUGCAGCGUAAAUUUUUUAAAUUUAUUGAAAUUGGAAGCAUUUUUCUUCGGCUAAAUUUAUAUAAUAACAACAACAUCUAAAAUAACAACACACUCUAACCACUCACACACCAAGCUCACAGCAACAACAACAAAUUCCAUGCUACAAAAACUAAGACAAGUUAACCCAAAAAAAAAACAGUCAAUCAUUUAUAGCCAAAAAGGGAAUGACAAAAAAUAUUAAGUGUUUUUAAUCUUUGCUAAAACAAAACUAUUGUAAACAAAAUGUUAUAGACCGACCUUUAACUAAACUACAUACAUACGUAUAUAAAAUUACAAAUUAUAUCUGUUGUUUAUUUUGAUGAAAUCUUGUUGCAAUAUGUUUUAGUUUUUAGUAGUAUGUUUUCUAUAUUUUAAAAGCAUUCCUUUGUUUGUGGAAAGAAAUAUAUUUGUACUGUUUCUUAAAUGUUAUUUCAAGAUUUGUUCAUAUAGCUUUUCUAACUCCUUUUUUAUAAUUUACCUUUUCCGUUCAUUAUGUGCUAAGUGCUAGUAGAUAAAAAUUUAUAUUAAAUCAAAUUCAAAUUUAUUAUACUUUUCUUUUGUAUAAAGAUAUAAAUAUGAUAUAAAUUCAUAAAUAUAUAAUAAUUAAAUAUAUACUAUAUAAAUAUGUAUAUUAAUUUUUUUACUUAAUAAACAAUUUGAAAACAAAUAAAAUAA